AUGAGAGUUGCAUUAGAAGCUGUAAUUUCUUCUUGGAAUAAAAUCCGUGACCUGCGGCGGGCGGGACGGCGCUCGCGGCCUCUCUCUCGCCGGCCAAGGCGCGGGCGCAGGCGCAGGCGCGUUGAGGGCGGCGGAGGCGCGCGGGAUGAGGUGCCGGCUGGCGUGCGCGCGGGAGGCUCGGUGACCGGCGACCUGCGGGCCAGCCCCGCCGCCGCUUCUUCCUCCUCCUCCGCCUCCUCCUCCGCCUCCUCCUCCUCGCCGCCGCAGCUGGCGCUGCUCGUGAUGCAGCCAUGCGGCGGCGAGGAGGUGGCGGCGGCUGCGGCGGCGGGGGGGGUGCUGCCGCUCCCGGUUGCUGACCCGGCUCUGCCGCCCUCCGGUAGCGGAGGCCUCAUGUUGUUCUACGAGCUGGGAGGGGGCGGCGACUGCGAGGCGGAGGCAGGGGAGGAGGCCGAGGCGGCGGGCGGUGAGAGCACGGCUAGCCCGGAGGAGCUAGAGGAGGAGGAGGCGGCGGCAACGGUGGCAACGGCAGCAUCUUCGAGCAGUGAGACGACCGCGGCGGGUGGCGGCUGCAAGAGCUGCACGUACCAGGGCUGCAGCGAGACCACCACGCAGGUGGUGAAGCAGCGCAAGCCUUGGAUGUGUAAGCGCCACCGCAACAAGAUUUACAAGGACAAAUACAAACGCAAGAAGAGCGACCAGGCCCUGGGAGGUGGCGGAGCGGCCGCUGCGGGGACUGGCCCGCGGGCCGAGGAUAGUGUUGAAGGCUCAGUUUCUGUUGCAAAACAGAGAACAGGAUCCAUUGGAGAUCGCCCAUCAAGACCUACUCUCUUAGAGCAAGUAUUGAAUAAGAAGAGGCUGUCCCUACUCAGAAGUCCAGAAGUAGUGCAGUUUCUACAGAAACAACAGCAACUGUUAAGUCAGCAGGCUCUGGAACAAAGGCAGCAACAGUUUCAAGGAGCACCUGGGUGAUGGGAACAGAUCAGUAACCAGCAGAUGUGUCUGGUGCUAAAGGAGGAAUAGCAUGUGUCUUUUGUAUAAAUACAGUCUCUGCAUUUAAAGGAGAUCUAAAGUUGCUGCUGUUAGGUAUUUUACUUGUAACUUGUUUGCACUUUUGAGGUUUUGAGCUGCUUGGGUGUCUGCAAACUUGUGAGCAAAUCUGGAGGAGUCUAUUUUUUGAUUCUUUCUAAAACUUCAUUUUAAUGUUUAAUUUUUUGAUAGAAAUUUGUUUAUAUUAGCAAUGUUGAGCUGUACACCCUUUUCCUACCAAAGUCUUCCACUAAAUUAACAAUUUUCUAUGUAAGGAUUUACUGUUAAACACGUCGGUCUUUGAUGACAAUCAUUGAAGGAAGUGAGUUACUUUCUAUGGAAGUUGUGAAAUGAAGUCCUGAAUUUGAGCCAGGUCACUGGGACGAACUAACAGCAAUUGCUCAGGGAUAUGGGAAACUGAUGUCCAGUAGAAUCUUGCACUAAAGACAAAGACAUCGUGCCAUCAAGAAGUUGAUCCAGUGGCUCAGAAAAGUGUGAAUCAGGUGGUCCUUCUAUAUAUUCGUUAUCUACACACUGAGUAGAUUUUAAAUGCUUCAUUGUCUGUGAAAAGCAUGUAAAAGAAUUUAUUUGAAAGUUCCAAAAGAAGUAAAUGGGCAAAAAAAGCUUUAAAGAAUUAGGUGGAACAUAUGCAACUGAGAGUUGGACCUUGUUUUGUGGAGUUAUUUUUAAGAACCAGCCUCUUACACACAAAAUACAACUUAAUUACAGAUGACAAUAUCACUCAUUUUAAGUGACUAAAUUAAAUUGUAAAGCUUUUUACUCGUGAUACCAAAUGCGUCCAAAAAGUAAAAUGUUGAUUGUGCUUUUCUUUUUCCUUUGUGUAGUUGUCAUAUUAAAAAAAAAUUAGUUAAAAUUCUACUUCCAAGGCAACUGGUACUUAACUGGCUCUAGUGCUAGACUUCUCAGGUUUUCAGCCAGUGCAGAUUAACUUGCAAUUGACUGGGUGAAGAAUCCAAACAAUAUAUUGUGUUGAAUCCCACACUGUGUUUAUAAAACAAAGUUUUGUAUUAAACCAUGUUUCCAAACGGAGGUUAUCUGCAUGGUGUCAGCGCUUACUAAAGUACUGCUUUGAUAGUGCAGCAGUUUGAUCUACUAAAUAACAUUUCUUCAGAAAUAUUUGUUAGUCUUAUGAAUUUUUACAAGCUGUGCUUUGUGUAUGUAUGUAACUUGUUCAGUAGGGAUUUAUUGUAUGUAGCAUUGUGCAAGCUGUUGUUUGAACAAGAAAUGGAAAAAAAACCCUUUGUAUCAGCAGUCUGGACCAAUAAGCAAUUGAAUAAAAUAUUUGUUUUUCUUUUAAAGACAAAA